CCAAAGGACAAACAAAAAGCGCCAACAAAGGGGGAAAUGACGCACCGUCAAAGUCGUGCACCGCUCCACGUGUGAGAAGAGCUUCGUCAUAUCGAUCCGCUGUUCCACGAUGAAGCGACCAAAGUUAAAGAAAGCAAGUAAGCGUGUCUCGUGCUCCAAACGCUAUAAAAUACAGAAAAAGGUUCGGGAACAUGUCCGAAAGUUAAGAAAAGAGGCAAAUAAGAAAGGAGUGCGCAAACGGCCGAAGAAGGACCUCGGCGUACCCAGCAGCGCUCCCUUCAAAGAAGAGGUGCUCCGCGAGGCGGAGCUCAGGAGGCUGCAGAUUGAUGAAGAAACGGAGAAAAAGAAACAAGCCAAAAAAGAGGCACGAGCCAAGAAAAAGGAGAUGUUAAGUAAAGCAACAGAACCCAAGGCCAAGAAGACCCGCCAGGAUGUGGUUGAAAACCAGGCAGAGAAUCUUCCUGUCCCAGACAAGAGCUCAAAACCAUACCUUUGCUCUGAAUUAAAUAAGGUAAUUGAUGCCUCUGAUGUAUUAAUAGAAGUCCUCGAUGCUCGUGAUCCACUGGGGUGCAGGUGUCCACAGCUGGAGGAAGCUGUGCUGCAGAGGGAAGGCAGUAAAAAGCUGCUUUUCGUUUUGAACAAAAUAGAUCUGGUACCGCAGGAAAAUGUGGAGAAGUGGAUACAGUGCUUACAGCUGGAGUAUCCAGUUGUGGCGUUCAAAGCGUCAACACAGAUAAAGGACAAAACGGUGCAAGCAAGAAAGAGAAGGAUUGUGGCCUCCAAUGAAGUCCUGGACCGAUCCAGAGCAGCAGCCUGUUUUGGAAAUGGUUGUCUCACUGAGCUCCUUACAAGUUUUGCUGCUAACAAAGCGACUGAAGCGUCACUCAAAGUGGGCGUAGUUGGUUUUCCUAAUGUGGGGAAAAGUAGUCUCAUCAACAGUAUGAAGGGAACCCUUGAGUGCAAUGUCGGCGUCAGGAGAGGCAUCACAAAAUCCAUGCAGGAGGUGCACAUCUUAAAGAGCGUGACGCUAAUCGACAGCCCAGGAGUCGUGGCGUCGCCAUCGAACGCACCAGCCUCCUUGGCUCUGAGGAGCCUGCAGGUGGAGCAGGGCCAAGAGACUGUGCUGGAGGCAGUUAGAACUCUGCUCAAACAGUGUGACCACAGCCAGAUCAUACUGCAGUAUAAUGUCCCAGACUUCAGAAACUCUCUGGAGUUUUUGAUGUUUUUUGCCAAAAAGCGUGGAUAUCUGCAGAAGGGUGGAGUCCCUAACACGGUGCAGGCCGCCACAGCUUUCCUAGCUGACUUGACAGGAGCGAAGAUAAGUUACCACUGUAAGGUACCGGAGAACCCCAGGCUCCCUGCCUACAUGUCUGAUGCUGUUGUCACAGAAAUGCAGAACGGCUGGGAUCUAAACAUUUUGAAGACUGGCAACGAGGAAACUCUAAAAGGUGUUAAAUUCCCAAGCCAAGCCUGCAGUAUAGGCUUCAUCUCUAAAGGCCCAACAGCAGGUCUGCUGAAUGUCAUCAAUUCACCUGAAGAAAAACCUGGUGCUACAGAAAGAGUAGUAGAGCAGAAUCAGAAGCCUGUACAAAGCACUGGGGAGGCGAUUAACACCGAAGAACCAGAAAAGGCACAGAAACCACCAGCCCGUGUGCCCUUCCAGGCUGUCCCCAUUGACAUGGGUCUCUCUGCCGAUGACGCCUAUGACUUCAACACAGAUUUCAAUUGAGCUCUGCUUUCUUUGUCUGGAGAACACUCAGACCUGGGUGUGUCAGCCUUUGGGCAGCUCGUGAUGGGAAGUUGAUUUUCAGAAUCAGUUUAAAGGGCGUUGUAUGGUGUCAUGGUAGUCGUUGGCAUUUGUGCCCUGCCUUUAAACUUUGAAUCUGAAAGACAAUGGGACAGUUUCCUGACAAGGACCGACCUUUUAUCCAUAACAUUUUUCAGUUAACUUGAUUGAAAGGUUUACAGUAGAUUUUGUUCUUGCCCAGACAAUGAACAUCAUGUAAAUCUCCAGCAACUUCUUAUUCCAGAUGUUGUUGAAUAAUCGCCAGUUUGAAAUGUCAAGGUAAUUUGUAAUUUUAUGUACUGUGUAUAUAUAGAUGUACUAUACAUGUAAUAAACCCUCUACGCCGCCA